AUGCUUGUGGAAAAAUAGAAAGUAUAAAGGGCUAAUAUAUAAGGUUUUAAACAGAAUGAUGAAAUCGUGGAUUUCUAUGCAAAUCAAAAGAAAUUUAAAAUAAUACAAGGGUGCCAGAAACUGAUAAAAAAUAACAAAGACUUUUACUUUUUUAUAGUCUGCGUCUUCUAAGAAUAUUAGAAUGAGCGGAGCUUAUUUCAAAUAGAGGAGUUGAGCAAGCACAAAAUUAAUGUAAAAACUAAUAAUUAAAAAUUAUAUUUUACAAACAAAAAGCAAAAAAAACAAAAGAAAAGAAAAAUAAAUUAAACAAGCAAACAAAGAUGGCUUUAAAAAGAAUUCAAAAGGUUUGAAGCAUUUUAUUUUGCAGAUCAAUUUCUGAUUCCGCAAAACGAGUGUGUACUUAUUGUGCUUAUCAAAAUAGCAAUGAAUUAUUUUUGGUUAGCGCAAGAAAAACGACUCGUUUAGCAGAAAAAUGAAAGACUUUAGUUAGAUUAUUAAUUAAUUUUUUCUCUAAUAAAUAACAAAUAGGAACUCUUAGAUUUAGGUCGUGAACCUCCUUGCAACUGCUCUGCUGGCCCAGUAGAAGGACAAAAAGAUGCUUUCCAAUGGCAAGCUACUAUUAUGGGACCUUCUGAUUCUCCCUACUCCGGUGGUGUUUUCUUCUUGAACAUUCACUUCCCCACUGAUUACCCCUUCAAACCUCCUAAAGUUUCCUUCACUACUAGAAUCUACCAUCCUAACAUCAAUUCUAACGGUUCCAUUUGUCUUGAUAUUCUUAAGGAUUAAUGGUCUCCUGCCCUUACUAUUUCUAAAGUUUUGUUAUCUAUCAGCUCAUUGUUGACUGACCCCAACCCCGAUGAUCCUUUAGUCCCUGAAAUUGCUCAAAUAUUUAAAAACGAUAGAGUUAGAUACGAGGCUACUGCUAGAGAAUGGACCCGUAAAUACGCUAUGUGA